GCUACAUUAGCUUAUUGACCACAUGGCGUUCGGCCGUCGAUAUGAUUAUUAUACGACGGAGCCGGAGGAGGAAGACUGGGUGCCAACAGACCGAGGUAGAAGAAGAGAACGCUACCCAGUAAGAACAACACACCCUCCUGAGCGCAGGUUUGGACCCGAACCUCGGCCGAGACGCGACCAUGCGCGCAGCCCCCCAUCGUAUGCAGAUGUGGUCAGGGGACCAGACCGCUACACAGAGUAUGUCCCUCCUGCACGCUACAGACAUGAUGAUAUAAAUCAACAUUUUACUUCCACACCGAGGGGGCUGCAUCAUUAUUAUGAUAAUGAAGCCUACAGAGGGCGGCGCGCUCCCAGAGAUUGGAGCGGGCCGCGCCGGGCCGCGCGCUUCGCCACGAGAAGACGCAGUCCUACAAGAUGGGACCCAUCGCGAGAGGACGACACGAGGGGCCGAGACGGGAGCUACAGGGAAACGACAAGAUGGCGGAGCUCCGACAGGAGGAAGGCAAGUUAUCCUUCCCACCGAAACAACAACAGAAAGACUUCCCAAAAAAAUCAGACUCCUAGAUCCACAUAUAAGCCCCGUUUUAACAGAAGGGAAGAAUCUUCUGCUCAACCCCGUAUUAAUGACCCAGACUUCACCCUUAAGGUGAGGUCUUGGUUCAAGAUUAUUAAAGCCCAACAUCAUUUAGAGCAGGUGGCUGAUGAUAAAAGAUUACCACCUGCUAUUAACAACAAAUGUAAAGAACUGACGGAAUUUAUAAGACCAGCACAUGUAACAGAGCGGACCCUGGACUUAAUCCAGGGCAACGCUCGUAACUGGUCCCACAGCACCGUCAUUAUCCUCCGUGAGCACUAUGAAGGGAUCAUAGCUACCGAAAGCCAGUAUUUAUCCGGCUUUUCCAAAGACAAUCUGGCUGCCCCUUUCGACAUAGCCAUUAAAUGGGCCAGAAGGGGGUUAGGGAAACGCUUAAAGGAAGGAACCUUGGAAAGAGCUCAACUGAGGUUUGUAACCUAUUCCUCUGAAAAGAAUCCGGUGAUUCACAUUCAGGAUUCCCGCUCAUCCUCUAGUGGUGAGGGGACUUAUCCCCUCUCCACUACUCGUUCUACGUCGACUGAGAGCUCCCCUUCCACCUCUGCUUCCCAUCAAGACACCAUCCCACAGAACCGGGGACCAGAACGACAUUUUAGGAAAACUACCCCAGCUCCUGUCCCUUUAAAGAGGAGGGCCAAAUCAGUGGGAACUAUGACAAUUCCAAUAAAGCUGGAACCAGAUUUGUUGGACUCCCCAGUCCCUCCACAACAACAAGGUCUCUCCCCAGAACUUUCUAUUGCACCUGCUGACUUCACUCACAGGCCCACAGAGCCCUCAGUUUUUUCGCAGGACCUGUUUGGGACACCACCACAACCCGCAUGGGAGACAGGCACGGAGGAGCAACAGCGACAGGAAUGGCUGUUCACCCCACCCACUCCAUCCUCACAAGUGGAGGCUCAACCUGGAACCAGCAAAGUCACUCCACCUUUGGAGGACCAACCGGCACAGGUUAGCCCGGCUGACUCAGACUUGAUGAUAACAGGGGAGAACAGCUCCCCCAUGAGGAGAAAACAAUCCAUUGACCUACCCAGAGAAACCAAGAGGAUGAGAACCAGCCCAGUGCGACUGCAAGGAGCCAUUCCCAAAAGGAGAGGGGGAUCCACCCUCAGAUCCUUGAGCAGGGCCUCCAGAUACCUGCACAUGACGGAUGGACUACUGGUCGCAUCUCCAAGAAAAUCCACUCGCCAGUCAGCUGUUCGAGGCGCAGGCGGACCACGUCCACUGGACUCCUGAGACGGCACGCAACAUCCUUCAGCACUGGCU